CUCCCGUAGCUGUGUUCUCAGAUUGAAGAGCUAGAGCAGGAGAAUCAACAGUUAAGGGCAGGGCAGGGGGCGGUUCCAGAGGCAGCAAGCCCAGCCUCCGGUCCGGUAGAUGGGGAACUGCUCCGCCUCCAAGCUGAAAACUCCGCCCUCCAGAAGAACAUGGAUGCCCUGCAGGAGCGCUAUGAGAGGGAUGUCCAGGUAAGGAGAGGGGCCGAGGUGAACGGACUGAGGGUGACCCACACAGACCACCCAGACGGACAGACGCACACAGAGGGAGUCCCGGGACAGACAGACAACCGGGAGGAAGGAGAGAUCCCGGAGCAGAUUGAGCUGAAGUCUGCAAAACUGGAGCAAAGUGUCAAAAAGCUGAGUGAGAUAGAGUUGCAGCUGCAGACUGAGAGAGAGGAGAAGAGACUGCUGAAAGAACAGCUGCAGUCACUGGAGUCCACUGCACACACCGAUUCAGCCAAACUUCAGGAAGAGAUCAACAAGCUGUCUGACAAACUGAAGAAAAAACAGGAAAGUUUUCUGCGUUUGCAAACUGAAAAGGAGACCUUGUACACCGACAGCAGAACUAAAAUCGAUGAGAUUCAGCAGAAGAAGGAAGAGGAGCUGAAGUCAGUAAAUAUCCGCAACCAGAAACUCCAAGCGGACCUGCAGGCAACCAAUCAGAUCAUCAGUGAAUUGAAAGAACAGCUGCAAACUAUGCAGAGGGAUCACGAGGUGGCCCUACACUCCCUCAAAGAGCAGAUCCAGACUACAAAAACCCAGGAGAUGAGUCUCCUCCGAGAUCAGAAUAUGGCUUUGACUGUGGAGCUUCAGCAGUAUCAGGAAGACAAGGAGAGCUACCUGGCCCAGAAAGACGACCUCCACUCCCAGAUCCAGGAGGCGAAUCGAGCGAGCCGCCGUUUGCUGGAGCAGUUGACAGAGCUGGGGCAAGAGAAGGAGAAAAUACAGGAAGAACUGGAGGAAAUGCGCAAGACUGCAGACAAGCGCAAAGCCAUGCUGGAUGAGAUGGCAAUCGGGACGGCGCAGGAGAAGUCGAGGCACAAAGAGGAGCUGAGCGACGUGAGGCUGCAGCACGAGAAAGAGGUGCUGAGCAUCCGAGCUAAAUAUGAGAGAGAGCUGAGGGGACUGCACGAGGAGAAGCACAGGACUGAGGAGGAGAUCCGAGCACAGCUCCGAGAGGAGAGGGCACGGAGCAGGGAGCUGGAGGGGCUGCAACAGACAGUGGAGGAGCUGAAGCUGCAGGUCCAGUCCAUGGAGGGGACCAAGGGCUGGUUUGAGCGCAGACUCCAAGAGGCAGAGGAAACAAUUGAGAAGAAUUUACUGCAAAAGCAAGAUGAGAUCAGAAAUCUGCACGAAGUGUACACUGCACAGCUACUGGAGAAGGAUGUUGAGAUAGAGAGCGCGAAACAGCGGGUGGGAGAGGUAGAGAAAGAGAGGGAUGAUCAAGUGACCACCAUCUCCAAUCUCAAGCAGGAAAUCAAGGACAUUGUGGAUGGACAGAGGAUCCUGGAGAAGAAGGGAAGCUCAGCGCUUAAAGAUCUUAAGAGACAGCUUCACCUGGAGAGAAAACGAGCUGACAAGCUACAGGAGAGACUGCAGGAGAUCUUAACCAACACCAAAGCCAGGACAGGUCUGGAGGAGUUUGUCCUGUCUGAAAUCAGCUCUCCCAGCCACACACAGACAGGAGACAGCAGCAGCAUCUCGUCCUUCAGCUACCGGGAGAUGAUGAAGGAAGGGACAGCAGCACAGACCAGCAGCAAGUCUAACACAGGCAGCCCUCAAUCUCAACGCCCUGCAGAGCUGUCCGAUGAUGAGGUGGGGGAGCUGUUUCAGAGGCUGGCUGAAGUGCAGCAGGAGAAGUGGAUGCUGGAGGAGAAGGUGAAGCACCUGGAAGUGAGCUGUUCCUCAAUGGCGGAUGAUAUCUGCAACAAAAGCGCCAUCAUUGAGACCUACGUCAUGGACAGCAGAAUAGACGUGUCGGGGGCCGCUGCAGGGACCCAUGGCGGCCACGCUGCCCACCCAGAGAGAGGCAUUCUGGGAGCCGUCCUACGAGACCUGGUCAAGCCGGGCGACGAGAACCUGAGAGAGAUGAAUAAGAAGCUGCAGAACAUGCUGGAGGAGCAGCUGACCAAGAACAUGCAUCUGCAGAAGGAUCUCGAAGUCCUGUCUCAGGAAAUUGUCCGGUUGAGCAAGGAGUGUUCCUCCACUCGCGUCAGGGACCAAAAUCAAGACACGAGCGGCUAGAGGCAGCCUGAACCAACCCACAGCUCCCCCUCUCUCCAUGCCUCCCUCCCUGUUCCCAUGGUUACAGAACCCAGCAGAAAAGAGGCGCUGCUGCGUCUGCAUUUGGACUGUACCACUGCACCAGAAGGGGGGGGGGGGGGGGGACCAAUUUCCUGCUGAAUGUAUCUGUUGUAUAUCUUUCGUCUAUCUGGUAACAAAUUGAAAUUGUGCAAUCUAGCAUGGCAAGAGUGAUCGACCAACUGGGCAUGCUCAGAAUGAAGUCAUGCUAAUGACUUGCCUGCAGUUCUGUGAUCGAGGUAAAGAGGGCAGUGUUGUCACUGGGGGGUGGGGGGGAUUCAGUUCAUGAUGACUGGAUGGAAAUGAUCAAGAUUAUCAGCUUAUUUUUAAUAAGAUGUAUGAAAAAUCUUGGAGAGAUCCACAAAACGCCUGCUGAUUUUAAUUAAAUAACGCCACUACAGUAAUUUGCCUUGUUGGCUUCGAUUCAUUACAGGGUGCUAUGGAACUUAAUCCACUUGGGUACCCUAACUGCUGCAUUUUUCACGCUAUUAUAAUUCAUGUAUGAGAAAUCCUAUUAAGGAUGUGUCAGAUCUCCAGUACAUCUUGUGUGCUGGUGUCAUAGUGCGCAGUUCUUGGUGUUUUCCUUCCCACAGUGACGACAAAGCUCAGUUCUAUGUGUUGAGCCUCAUAGCCGCUGUGAAAUUUCACUGCUCUUGUUACAGGCGCGUCUAACUUGGCUGUCCUCAAAAUAGGACGCAGCAGUUAGCAGCAAAAAAGAAAGGUUUGCUUUUUUUCUGUGAAGAAAUAUUGAUUUAGAAUCUAUCAAAUUACAUAAACAAAGCUUGGAAUAUGGUACUUAAUGGGUUAAGAAUCGCAAAGGAUCGGAGCUAUGUAAUGUGGGAAUCUGAAAAUAUAUAAAAAGUGAAACAGCUUCCCAAGUAAAUAUCCGUGUUUGUCUGCUAAUUGUAGGUAAAAAUCCAAUCAAACAGACCUUUUUGCCAGUGAUCAAAUUCUGAAAAGUACAGGCAAAAUAUUUUAAUGUGCAAUCGGUCCGCACCUGCAGAUGUCCAUUUGCAGUCAAUGCAGGAUGACUGGGUGGGACAUUUCUCUUUUAUUAUAGGCUUGGUGGUCCAGCGGAUAGAGAAAGGGGCUUUGUUACAAGAAGGUUCCCAGUUCAAUCCCGGCUCAGCCACUGACUCGCUGUCACUUAACCACCUUCAGCUCUGUCCUUCAGAUGAGAUGUAAAACCAACAAGGUCCUGUUUUUGGAAGUGACUGUGCAGCAGCAGUUGUUCAUGCACAGUUCACCCCCAGGUCUUUGGAUAAAAGCAUCUGCUAAAUGACUAUAUAAUAAUAUUUUAGUGGCUGCCUGGGCUGGUAUCACAUUGAAUGUUGAGACGAUUAUCCCGUAAAUGCCCCCAACCUCAAUCCUACUGCGUUUGUUCAUCUGCUUCAAUACCACUUUUGAAGGAAGCAAAUACAGCGUGAUUCCUAAAAUUACAGCCAAAGGUUUUACAUCAAUUUUAGGAUUGAGACGGAAUUAAAAACAAAACAAACAAACAAACAAAAAAAAAACUAAGUGAACUUGAUUGAGAUCUUUUAUUUAGCACCGUGUAAUCAAAGAACCUACAAAAUGACAUCAGCAAAAGUCUACCGGAAGCCGUAAUAUUAGUACAGUAGUAUUUCAUGUUCAAUUUUCGAAAUGUCACAUUUCUUUUUUUUUCGUUAAGUAUACAGAAAACUUCAAAGCGGUGUGCAGUUCAAAAUGUUUAUGUAACAUGAAGCACAAUUAGUCCAUUUUAUAGCGGGAUGCAAAUUAUUUGGCUGUAGCUGUGUUACUGUACAUGGGACCCUGUUGUCUGAGUACUGAAGUCCAUGUCUGUCUGUCGUGACUGAAUUUACGAACUUGACAUAAAAGCAAAAAGACUAUGUUGUCUAAUAGCAGUUAAUUUUUUUCUGUGGUUAGUUAGCAGAAAGUGAACAAUUGCUGGACCCUACUCUGUGCUCCAUUUU